AUGGGUCACAACUGGCGAGUGAUUGCCCCCGGUCGCGACGAGGCAACUGGCUGUCUGGGCCAGUUGAUCGACGCAUUGCUUUCGGGCAGUGCGGGCGGGCUGGUGUCUCUACUGGCAGUGCCCUUGAACGCACAUAGAUACGAGAAUGUCGAGGUCCUGCCCGGAGAGAACGUAGAAGACGAGGAUGGUGAUUUGAAAUGCACCAAGCGAUCGCGCAAACGCGGUCCGCCGCAAAAUCAUUUCCGCAAGGCCGCUAGAAUCGACUCGCACAAUGUGAAUGAGGUAGUCUAUCUCGGCGACCCCAGUCCAAAAUCCAUGUCCACUCUGCCAUCCGAGAUCCACCAGAAGAUCUUUGCGCGUUUAGAUGACGUGAUCGACGUCCUACGAUUCAGCCUCACAAAUCGCUAUUUCUGGGCGGUUGGUCUAUUGCGUAUUGAAGAGCACAUCGUCCGUUCGCUUGCACCUUGGGCUGGGGAGCGGAUAAUCUGUAUCAAUGACCGCUGUGAUCCUAGCAAAUACCCACCUGGUCUUCUAUCGUCAGAAGAAGAGAGGAAGAUCAGAGAACUGAACCAGGUCAACAAUUUGGGCUCGUCCUCAAUUAAGCACUCGUACAAGAAAGUCGGCGGCCCAUCACUUUCUCAAAAACUGCAAGAUUGGUUCUGCGACCAUCGACGCGCAAAUCCAAUGUCCAAAGCCGACGCUAUGGAAAUCAUGAUGGGUCUGAAGCCCGAAAAGCUGGAGCUUUACCCGCGCGACCAAGUCUGGAUUCUGCGGAAUCUCACCACGAAAGAGUACGUCCGUGGAGAGGUAAUUGCCCUGAAACAGGACUUUAUCCACGGUCCUCAAAUCGAUGUCUUUGGCUUUGCAGAAGUCCUCAUUUCCCGCAUUGCCUGGUCGGACGAACCAGAGCGAAUCGGUCGGUGCAAGAACGUUGCGCGCGGAAAGUGGGCUGGCCAUCGAUUCGACGUCACGCCGUUGUCUCUUUUAGAGCAGCUGGAUGACGGAGCCUCGUGGGUUGAUGUGAGUAAUGAAGUACUGAGAGAGAUCGACUUGAUGGUCAGCGGCGAGAACGGAGAUAACUGGCGUGACAAGCUGGCGGGACAAUUUGAUCGGAUGGAGAGAGCUACGGAAUUACAACUG